GGGCUGAGCUAUUGGCGCCGCCUGUAGAUCUGAGCGGCCGGCUAAGGCGGCGCUGGUGCCGCCGGAAGCGCAAUGCCUUGAACCUGAGAAGAGAGAACACAACUGCUAUCUUCCAGAAGCUCACAAAAGCACGUGGUCAAAUGACCUAGCUCAGGGGUAGGCAAACUCGAGACAGAAGAGCUACCAGGGGUCAGCAAACUGCGGCUUGCGAGCCACCUGCGGCUCUUUGGAAACUGUGUGAAGCAGCACUCUUUCUGGAUUUCAAAAGACAUCAUUUCAUCAUUUCAUCAUGGGACAACAAAUUUCGGAUCAGACGCAGUUGGUUCUUAGCAAGUUACCAGAAAAAGUAGCAAAACAUGUCAUACUGGUUCGAGAAAGUGGCUCCUUAACUUAUGAAGAAUUUCUUGGGAGAGUAGCUGAACUUAAUGAUGUAACUGCUAAAGUGGCUUCUGGUCAGGUGAAACAUCUUCUUUUUGAGGUACAACCUGGAUCUGAUUCCUCUGCCUUUUGGAAAGUGGUUGUACGGGUGGUCUGCACCAAGAUUAACAAAAGCAGUGGCAUUGUGGAAGCAUCACGGAUCAUGAAUUUGUACCAAUUUAUUCAGCUUUAUAAAGACAUCACAAGUCAAGCAGCAGGAGUAUUAGCCCAGAGCUCCACCUCUGAAGACCCUGAUGAAAACUCAUCAUCUGUAACAUCUUGUCAGGCUAGUCUUUGGAUGGGAAGGGUGAAGCAGCUAACUGAUGAGGAGGAGUGCUGUAUCUGCAUGGAUGGUAGAGCGGACGUCAUCCUGCCCUGUGCUCACAGCUUCUGCCAGAAGUGCAUUGACAAAUGGAGUGAUCGACAUCGGAAUUGCCCUAUUUGUCGCCUGCAGAUGACUGGAGCAAACGAAUCGUGGGUGGUGUCAGAUGCACCCACUGAAGAUGACAUGGCUAACUAUAUUCUUAACAUGGCUGAUGAGGCUGGCCAGCCCCUCACACCAUGACCUUGGGGUGAAGUGCUCUGUCCUGUUGCUGUUGUGGGCUACAAACACUGGUCCCUGGAGGAAGAAUGCAGGCAUGUGGUGACACAGGCACAGAGAAAUCAAUUUUCCCACCCUUAUAUUUUUGCUAUUCUGACAAUUUGUUCCAUUUCUUUUGAUGAACUUUUCAUGUCUUCC